AUGGUCAUGGAUGUCGCUCGCACGUCCAUGAUCCAUGCGGCUGCUCCCCAUUUUCUGUGGCCGUUUGCGGUUCAGUACGCGGCGCGUCAGAUCAACCUUCAGCCCCGGGUCUCCAUGCCGGACACCUCCCCCACUCUGAGGUGGACGGGGCAGGUUGGCGAUGCGUCUGCGUUUCGUGUCUGGGGAUCUCGGGCUUUUGUCCGAGACUUGUCUACGGACAAGCUGUCCUCCCGUGCUGUUCCCUGCGUCUUCCUUGGCUUCCCCCCUGACGCGCCUGGUUGGCAGUUUUACCACCCCACCUCACGCCGUGUUCUGUCCUCCCAGGACGUCACGUUUGACGAGUCGGUUCCGUACUACCGUCUCUUCCCCUACCGCGCUGCCCCUCUUCCCCCCCCGCCGCUCUUCCUUACGCCAGGUCCCCCCCCGGUAGACCCCCUCCCCCCUCAGGGUCCUGCUCCUUCAGGUGUGUCUCAGGUAGACCCCCCCCCCUUGGCUGAGCCUUUGGAGGUCACUUCCGACACCUCUGGCCCACCUGAGGGGGGUGACGCUGUUGCUGACGCCCCGGCGGCCUACCGCCGCGCACCACGCUUGGAGACCCCUCCGGGGUUCCCUCCGCGACCUUCUUCGCCGCCUCUGCAGCCGGUUACUGUUGACUCUGGUGCUGUUGAGGGUGGAGCUCCUGGAGGUGCUGCGUCUGGGGGUGCGGAGUCUGGGGGUGCUGAGUCUGGGGGUGCUGAGCCUGCGCGUGAGGAAACUGGUGGUCCUGCGCCUGGGGGUGCUGUGUCUGGGGGUACUGAGCCUGUGUGUGCGGAGUCUGGGGGUGCUGAGUCUGGAGGUGAGACGCUUGAGGGUACUGGGACUGCUGGUGCACGGCCUACUUGGAGUGGCCGCCUUCGUCCGCGUGUGCCUCUCACCCCUCAGCAGCUGCACGACUGGUACGGUCGCCGUCAGCGUCGCACUGCUGGAGCCCGGGGCUCUGCUGCUGGAGGUACUGGAGCUGCUGGGGCUGGGGGUGCUGCGUCUGGGGGUGCCGCUGCUGGAGACACUGAGGCUGGAGACCUUGGGACUGGAGGUGCUGGUUCUGGGGGUGCUGCUGCGGGAGACACUGCGGUUGGAGACCCUGGGACUGGAGGUGCUGGUUCUGGGGGUGCUGCUGCGGGAGACAGUGCGGUUGGAGACCCUGGGACCGGAGGUGCUGGUUCUGGGGGUGCUGCUACGGGAGACACUGCGGUUGGAGACCCUGGGACUGCAGGUGCCGGUUCUGGGGGUGCUGCUGCUGGUGACGCUGGUUCUGGAGCUACUGGCGCUGGAGGUACCGGUUCUGAGGCUGGAGCUUCUGGAGCUGCUGGAGGCGUUAACGCUACUGGAGGUGCUGGAGCUGCUGGUACUGGUGCAGCUGCGCCGACACGACUGUUCUUCGCUCCGCCGUCUCCGUCGUCCCUGCCGCCGCCUGACUCUGCCCUUCGUCAGGUUGUUACUCUCCCGUCGUCUACUGGUCUUCCGUUACAGACUGGCUCACCGCUACCUGCUCCCUCUCCUUACACUGAGCAGACAGGCAGUCCUGCUGAGCGUCAUGAGCCUGCGUCGCGUCCUGUCUCGCCUGUUCGUUCUGGUCGUACCGUUCGUCGUGUCGCUCGUGCGCGUCAGCCGGCUGUCCCCAGCACACACCUCGUAGUCCGUCGUCCUUCCUCUGCUCCGCAGCCUGUUCCUCUGCCGUCUCCCCCUGCGUCCUCUCUGCCUGCCGUUCCGAACCCUGAGUCUGACCGGUUUCGUACUGAGCACCCUACUGUCACGCGUCUCCUAGCCACUGUUGUCACUGACCCGUCGUUUGAGUCUACUGCUGCGUCUGCCUUGGUCGCUGAGCUUGUUGACUUUGCUGCUGCCUGUCGUCUAGACUACGCCGCUAGUCUUGUUGCUGAGUCUGAGUCUGUCUGUCCUCCGUCCGUCGGGGGUGAGUGUGCUCUUAGCACGGACGUCCUUGAGGACAGGCAGGAGGAGUUCCAGUGUCUUGCUGCUACUUUACCUCAUCUUGUGUCCUCGCUACUUGCCCCUGAGGGAGACCCGGAUGCACUUGACAUCCCGACUCCGCGCUCUUACGCGGAGGCGAUAGAGGGUCCCUACUCCUCUCAGUGGCAGGCAGCCAUGGACGCAGAGAUGGCUUCUUGGAAGUCCACAGGCACCUACGUUGACGAGGUUCCCCCUCCUGGGGCGAACAUCGUCAGUGGCAUGUGGAUUUUCAGGGUGAAGCGGCCACCGGGUUCUCCUCCUGUCUUCAAGGCGCGUUACGUGGCUCGCGGCUUCAGUCAGCGGCAGGGAGUUGACUACUUUCAGACCUUCUCUCCCACCCCGAAGAUGACCACUCUUCGGGUGCUGUUGCACAUAGCCGCUCACCGUGACUACGAGCUUCACUCUCUUGACUUCAGCACAGCUUUCCUACAGGGCAGCCUGCACGAGGAGAUCUGGCUGCGCCGCCCACCUGGCUUCACUGGGACGUUUCCUCCUGGCACCCAGUGGAGCCUCCGGCGGCCGGUCUAUGGUCUCCGCCAGGUGCCACGUGAGUGGCACGACACACUGAGGACUACGCUUGCGGCUCUUGGGUUUGCUCCUUCUACUGCCGACCCGUCGCUGUUUCUGCGCACCGACACCUCUUUGCCGCCGUUCUACAUCCUCGUGUACGUCGACGACUUGGUCUUUGCCACAGCUGACACUGCUGGACUCGCCUACGUGAAGUCGGAGCUGCAGAAGCGACACACGUGCACAGACCUGGGUGAACUGCGCAGCUACCUUGGCUUGCAGAUCACCCGGGACAGAGCACGGCGCACCAUUACACUGUCUCAGUCACACAUGGUGCAGCAGGUCCUUCAGCGCUUCGACUUCACGUACUCCUCGCCUCAGGCCACUCCUCUGUCUACUCGCCACUCGCUCUCAGCUCUGCCUUCGGAUGAGUCCGUAGAGCCGAGUGGCCCGUACCCAGAGCUUGUUGGCUGCCUCAUGUACCUUUCAUACCCUCUUAGCAUCUUGGCACGCUAUGUUGCUCCUGGGAGACACCGACCAGAGCACAUGGCUGCAGCGAAGAGGGUGUUGCGCUACUUGUGCAGUACGUCGGGCAUGGGGCUAGUGCUUGGAGGGCAGAGUCCAGUGGUCCUCACUGGUCACGCAGACGCUUCUUGGGUUGACGACCUGGCUACUCAGCGGUCGUCACAGGGUUACACUUUCAGCCUUGGUUCCGGCUCUGUUUCGUGGCGGUCUACCCGCUCGUCGUCUGUUCUCAGCUCUAGCUGUGAGGCUGAGAUCUACGCAGGAGCCAUGGCUGCACAGGAGUUACGUUGGCUCACCUACCUGCUUUUUGACCUGGGAGAGCCGCCUCGUUCUCCUCCAGUUCUGUACGUAGACAACAAGGCAAUGCUGGCCUUGUGUCGGGAGCACAGACUGGAGCACAGAACGAAGCACAUUGCUCUCCGCUACUUCCUUGCACGUGAGCUGCAGCAGCGUGGUCAGCUGCGCCUUGCUUACGUGGCCACUCGGGCCAACACUGCUGAUAUCUUCACCAAGGCACUUCCGCCUGGUGAUCAUCAGCGCUUCUGUACGAUGCUAGGUCUUGUGCCCACUUGGCCUCACUUGCUCACUUCUUGA